GUCCCACGAAGGGGACCUAUAUAGAGGGCGAGGUUUACGAUGAUGGAGGCGACCCACAAGGCACAGUGGUCUUGUGGGUGAAGCGCCUGUUCGCCCCGGGAGAGACCGGGAGGACUUUGCAUGGGGACGUGGUGACUGCUACCGAUCCAUAUUACAGAUGGUGGCUUGCGAGUCCAGACGGGGCAGUCACCACGGUGGACGGAGCAUAUCAUAUAUGCAAAGGUCCUCCCGCCGAAUGUAAGGGCGGAACAGGAGAACAUGUGGUCCACUUAGGCAAGUGGCGACAGUGGAAGGAAGAAGAGCUCGUUGACAACACCGGAGGGAUCCUAGAUGAGGAUACGCAUGGACAUGCGCAGGCAUAUUUCAAAAGAGUCCCAAAGGAAGGGCCAGGCGCUGGAGGAGCUGGUGAUUUGCCCUGGGAUGACCCAGGUGAUGAUGAAGAGGAUGGAGAGGAAGAGAAAGGGAAGAGCGCGCCAGGGCCGUCCGGGAAGGAAAAGGCUGCAAUGAAGAGAACGACAGAGAGGAAAGGGUCGGAAGAAGAAUUGGUGAAGAAAAAGAAAAGGCUGACAGAGUUGGCCAGAGACCUCAAAGCCCUGAAGGCGGAGGUGAAAGCAGCUGAAGUCACCGAGGAAGAGAAGAAAGGUGAGAUGCGAGGAAGCGCGCUUAAGGAUGAUUCGGAAUCGGAUUUUCAAAAGGCCCCCGCGGGGAUGACGCUGUUUCUGAAGUUGCAGCGUUACGCUCAGCGGCACCCCGGCCGGCUCGCGGCCCGUCUCCUCCAUACCAUGGGGGUAGCGGGGCGCGUCCCCGUGGGGGCCUUGCGACAAAAGGGGAAGAGCAUUCUCAAAAACAUCGAGGCAAACGCAGUGUCCUACUACAACGUGGCCUUGGUCCCGAACCUGAAGGCGAAAUGGACUCCACGAUCCGGGAGAGAAUUGAAGUACCUCACAAUUCUCCUGGACCUACUGGUCGAGAACAAGUCAGCGCAGGCUGCCGACAUCAUUGCCCAGAGGAUCAAGGCUCUGGAGAAAAGCGUGCAAGACAACAACAGUUGGGUGAGGGCACGCUUCCUCGAGCUGGUGGAGCCAGACGACGUAGCACUUCUGGACAGGGGGGAGGAGGCAAUGAUCCAGAAGGAAUUGGAGCGGGAGGAAAAGCUCCGAGGACCAUCCGAAUGGAAAGGAAAAGGCCAUUGGAAGGGCAAAGGGGAGCACGAAUUCGGAGCCAAGGGCCAAGGACGCUGCCGAGAGGAAGUAGAUGGUGGCGCCUUGGCAAACCGAAUCCCAGCGGAACCCAGUGAACCCCCAGACCCCAGAGGGGAGCUUCAGCGGAAGCGAAAGUCCGAAAAGGAUGUUGAGUCGCCCGAAGGUGAAGUGGCAUCUUCGGAGGAAUAUGAAAUUGAAGAGGAGGCCUUGAACAGGUUGUGGAAGAAGCAUAGACAAAAGUUUGAAAGAAAAAUGGCAGGGUUUCUUGCAGAGGAACGGGAUGCAUUGGAAGUGGCCUGGCAUGUGCUGGAAAAUGCUGGGCAUCUCAGGACAAAGUUUGGCAGGUUUCGGACGACUUUGGGUCAAAAGGCCACAGCCCAAGAUGCCCCUGAGGGCCCCGAUCUCCUGCCUAUCUCGUUAGAUGCCCUAGAGCUACGCCGGGACAUUCAGUCGGAAGUUCGGGCGUGGGUCAUAUUGAUGGCUUGGGCAUUGAACUUCUUGUACUGCACAGGCUGGGAGCAACCACGCCACAUGGAUCAUCCCGGGAAGCUGACUACGGCGCAAACCAAGAUGGUUGAUCAGCACUUGGUGCCCGCGGUGAGGCGCAUGUGCCCGAAGGGAUUGAAGAUCCCAUCUUAUCAGAAACUAAAGGAGCAGCUUCAGAAGAAAGGCUACGGUUAUGAUGGAUCUAGUUGGGUGGUGAUGGAAGACCUUGCAGCCGACAAAGUGAUUCCAUGUUGGCCAAACAAGGGGGAAGCUGCCGUUCAGCCCAUCACCAAAUUUUUACAUGGUGACACAAAGGAGAUGGUAAACAAACCACUGCUCACCAUCCUUCCGGCGGAAGAAUGGCCAGAGACGGUACCCCAGUCGUAUGUGCGGGCCUCGGAUGCCGAGUGGGAGAGGCUCGUGGCAGAGGGGUAUCAGCUAGGUCUUUUUCAGCCUUGCCCGGAGGAAGAGAUCUUGAGAAGCCCCUCCGGUGAAAUGAUCCUGAAUGGGGCCGGAGCAGUCCCAAAAGAGAAGAAUGGCAAGAUCUUGCAAAGAUUUAUAUCUAUUUUAUGUCCAUUGAAUGCGGUGAGCCGCAAAAUUGAAGGAGAUGAGUCGACCUUGCCCUAUGUGGGCCAGGUGUUCCAUUACUUCGGCAGCAAGCCUACAUCCAAAGUGGCAAAAGAUGAUGCCUACGAUGAGGUCUUGGUGUGUGGGGUGUGCCGGACAGAGCUCACGGAUGAGACAGCCCGUGGAGAAGACUUGGCCUGCCCCGCGAUGUGCGGGUGCAAACUUUGCUCUUUGGAGUGCUGCUUGAGGCACGCGCCUUAUUGCCCGCAUCAAGCGGUAGGAGUUCCAUUGUUUUCGGAGAGGUACAGUGGUCCAGAGGCCAGAUUGUCGAGAACCAUGUUUAAGGCUGGAUUCAGAGUGGUUGACCCCAUAGAUUACAAGUGGGACAGCACUAUGGAUGUAUUCACGGAGAGAGGAAAAGAAUGGUGGGCCCAUGCCGAUGCAUCAGACCCAACCCUUGAGCAUCACGCUCCGGACAGCAAAACCUUUUCAAGGGCGCGAGGUAGGCCUUAUCAGUUUGCCGGAAAAUGGUAUGAGGGGCCAGUGGCACUGAGGGAUGAAAGCCACGUGAUGGGGUUCACUUACCUAGCAGCGCAUGAGGCAGCAGCGGUGAGGAAAGGAAACAAGAUGGCAAUGAGAUCCAUCGCGAGGUGCAGGACCCUCCACGAAGAAGGUCGCUUCUUCACCUUGGAUCACCCCCGGCGCUCUUGGAUGUGGUAUACCAAGCCAGCCAUAGACCUGGCAGGUCUUCCAGGAGUGAGGAUGGCGAUCUUCUCCCAUUGCUGUUAUGGGGGAAGGCGCAAAAAGUGGACGAGCUUACUGACCAACAGCGAGACCAUCUACCAAGCCCUUCACAAGCCUGUUUGCCCCCACGGAGAUGGGGAGGAUUACCCGCCGUACUGGGAUCAGCAGCUUGGCCAGGUGGUGUUCCCAAUGGAGCAAGAAGCAACAUACCCCUGGGGUUUGUGUGAGGAGUACGCCAAAGCAGCCGUCAACCUCAUGAACCUGAGUGAGCACAGGGAAAAAGCCCUUGCCGAAGUACGCAAGGUGAAGAUCAGAGAAGACCUCAUGAAAUAUGACCGGCUGCAAAGUCCGGGCUUGCAGGAAAAGGUGGUCAGUGGCAUCUUGCAUAUGGAGAGGACCAUGCAAAUUGGGUUCGAAAAAGCUCAUCUACAGCAACUUCUUCGCCUGGGUCACUAUCGUGGCACAGAUGUCAGGUUGGCCGUCGAGGAACAGGGAGGACGGCAACUGUUUCCGUACCCAGCCUAUAGAUGGCUGUGGCGUGACGUGCUGUCAUUCAGAUGGCGACAGGAAGGGCAUAUCAAUGAGUUGGAAUUUCAGGCCUUUUUGGCCCACAUUCGCCGAGUGCUGCGGGAGCCUGACAUGCGCCACAAAAGGGUGUUUGUGGUCGUGGACAGUCAGGUGAUGCCUAAGGCCCCACAGACACUUCGCUAUGCCGGGCAGGCAAUUCCCAUGCCAGCCAAUGUGGUAUUAGCCCUUGCCGGGGCAGCGCUUGAGGUGCGGGAGCAUGCGCUUGUAGAGGAAUUCGCUGGCACUUUAGCCUUGCUGUGGCCUUUAAAAGGAUCGGAGACCAGACACUUUACCAAGGAGACCUUGCAAUCUGCUUCUCCGGAGUUUAGACGCUUGGAACCAGUACAGUCGAACCAUGGCGACGAUGAGACGAGACGAACUACCGAACUACUUGGGGUCGCAAGCGACCCAAGGCUCCCGUGA